ACAAGUAUUUAAAUCGCCCACUCCACAACCACCGCGAGCGUCGCGUCGCCGCCUCAGCCCUCAGCUCUUCUCGGACCCGGCCUCGCCGCGCGGGAGCUCACCUUGCCACGACACCAACACCAUCCGCGGAGUCGCGACGCGCCGGGCGACGCAGGUUCAUCGGGAGCUCUUUCGCGGGCCUGCUGCUUUUGGGUCUUUUAUCGCGGGCGGCCCGCACCGGCGAUCGCUGUCGACGGAGUUCGCUGCGCGCGGGCUUUGGACUGGGGCAGCGCGGCUCGAUCCAGUCGGUUCGCCGGAAUAUCUGAAUCGCGGAGGGCGGAAGGUGAAAAAUUGAAGAUAUUCAUCGCCGGUGCUUCUGGAUUGGGAGGAAGCCGCCGCGCCUGCGAUAUUCCAAGUGAUUUUGGUUCGGUAGAGCUGUCAGCUGCGUGCCUGAAUUGGUCUGAGAGGCCGAUUCGGCAGCAGGGGAGCUGUCUAAUGGGAGAUCGGGCGGCGGCGGCGGCGGCGGCGGAGGGGAGAUGGUGAGCGGGAGCUUCAGCCGGAGCACAUCGGCGCGGCUCGCGGCGAGGGGCGGCGUCGGGAGCCCGCGGGUCUCCACGCCGGGGGCCGCGCACCGGAACUGGUGGGCGGCGGCGCCGUCGGGGCCGUCGGGGCCGUCGUUCGAGCGCGUCGCCUUCGCGUUCUUCCUGACCUCCCUAGCGCUCGUGCUCUCCUGCGCGCUGUACCUGUACGUCUUCCGACACCCGGGCCGGGACCAUGUGGUCGCCGAGUUCGCCGCCGGCGAGAAUCUCGAGUCCUGCGACGUGUUCGACGGCAUCUGGGUGCCCGAUGAGAGGUACCCCCUGUACAACAGCUCCCGGUGCCCGUUUGCGGAGAGGGGGUUCAAUUGCCUGGCCAAUGGGAGGAAGGACACCGAGUAUCUCAAGUGGAGGUGGAAACCUCGGGGAUGCGAUUUGCCGCGGUUCAGUGCCCGUGCUGUGCUGGAGUGGCUGAGAGGGAAGAGGGUCGUGUUUGUGGGGGAUUCCAUGAGCCGAACGCAGUGGGAGUCCUUCAUUUGCAUGCUCAUGACUGGGGUGGAUGAUCCAGAUACGGUUUAUGAGGUUAAUGGCAACCAAAUCUCAAAGACAAUCCGGUUUUUAGGAGUGAGAUUUGAGUCCUUCAACCUUAGUGUGGAGUUCUUCCGGUCUGUGUUCCUUGUGCAGCAGAUUCCUGCGGUUCGCCAUGGGCGCAGAAGGGUCCGUGCAAUCCUAAAACUGGAUAAGUUGGAUGAUUUAAGUAGGAAAUGGGCAGAUUCAGAUGUGCUUAUUUUCAACUCAGGACAUUGGUGGACUGCCAGCAAAUUAUUUGAUAUGGGUUGCUAUUUUGAGGCUGGAGGUGUCCUUAAACUGGGAACAUCCAUUAAUGCUGCUUUCAAAAUGGCACUGGAAACUUGGGCUUCAUGGGUGAAAGAGAAAGUUGAUUUAAGACGAACGCGUGUGUUCUUCCGUACAUAUGAACCAUCUCACUGGAGUGGCUUAAAUCAAAAGGUUUGUGAAGUAACAGAACAACCUACAACUGAGGCCAAAGGAGAUGACAGGAGAGAAUUUGGGGAUAUACUUGCUGAUGUUGUGGCGAAUACAAGUGUCCCUGUCACUGUACUAAAUGUGACUUUGAUGGGGGCCUUCAGAAGUGAUGCUCAUAUUGGCCUUUGGAGUCAUCCCAAUACCAUACUUGAUUGCAGCCACUGGUGCCUUCCUGGAGUUCCAGAUGCUUGGAAUGAACUUGUAUUUUCCCAUCUGUUGACAAAUGGUUGGCGAGGGCUGGUUAGCUGACUGCUGACAUGAUAUGCUCAUCUUCCUUCUGUUUCAUAAUUUCUGUUUUAUUUGCUACAAGAGGUCUCUGAGACAGCAGCAUCUUCAGGCAAGCUGUGUUAUAUUCAUCUUCCAUUUUCCCCCUCAAUUGCUCACGCAGGAAUGCACAUCUCCUGAGACCUGAGACAUAGAAUUUGUAUCAUUUCCUCCUUUGGCUGUUUAGACAUAGACACAGAUCACAGGCAACCUGUAUGUAACAGUAGUUCAUUUACAAAAUUUUGGAAAUUGAAUUCUUAUGCA